UGACGCAGCGUGCUCCCAGUGAGACGUAGCGAGGUAACUUCCUCCUCCAAUCCUGGCUUUCUGCUUUCUGCCUGCGAAACGACCUGGGAGAAGCUCAGUCGGCGCUAAUAUGUGAAGAAGGACGUCGUUCAGUUUUGUUUUUGUUUUUUUUUGUUUGUAAAAAAAAAAAAAAAAUGUCUCUUCUCUUCGGCUCCUUGCCGGACACUACCACCGAGUGAGUCGCUCACUUUUUUUAUUUUUAUUUUUAUUUUUGCUUCAAGCCAGUGAACGUCCGGGCGACAAUGUUGGCGUCAAGUAGACUCUGCUCUUCAGACUUUGCAAAACAAAUCGGGUAUUGUCGGUGAAUCCUCGGGAGAUGGCACAAUAGUUCGAGCUGCGGUUACCGAGCUUUCUACGAGCACUUCAGCAUAAAAACAAGGUGUACAAUGACGAGCGGGGACGUGUUUCUGUUGGUUGCGAUCACCCUGGUCCUUCCCUGCUCCGGCUCGGGAGGCGACGGCAGCGUGAGAAACGAGUGCGUGUGCGACGGAGCGUCCUGCGGCGGCGCGGACCGGUGUUUUGGCCAGCGGUGCUUCACCUCGCUCUCUACGCGGAACGGGACGUCGGCCCUUCGGAAGGGCUGCGUCGUGGGUAGCGACGGCGGGGCCUCGGGCUGCGGGAGCUCGCCCACUCCGGAGCUGGCGGUGGAGUGCUGCAGUGGACACUUGUGCAACAUGAACACCUCCCUGCCGUCCCCAGAGAAAGAUGUGCAGCCGUCUGCCGGCAGACCGGUCCUCCGGGACCAGGAGUGCGUGUGCGAGGGCGGCGCGUGCGAGCGCGGCCCUCGCUGCACGGGCCAGCAGUGUUUCUCCUCGCUGAAGAUGAUUGACGGGGCAGCCGUCCAGCACAAGGGCUGCCUGAGGGACGACGAGGAGGGCAGAGCCACCUGUGCCACGCCGCCCUCGUCGGUCCGCGUUGUCAAGUGCUGCCAGGGCCAUCUGUGUAACAUGAACGUGACUGUGCAAGCUCCGGGGAAAGAGGAGGAGGUGAAGCCCCCCAGGGAGGAGCACGAGUGCGUGUGCGAGGGCAGCUCGUGUGUGACGGGGAGCCGCUGCAUGGGCCACCAGUGCUUCUCUUCUCUGACAGUCAAUGCGGGCUCCCUGGUGUACCAGAAGGGCUGCUUUAAGGUCUACGAGCAGAGCACGCUGACCUGCAAGACCCCGCCGUCCAGAGACCAAAUCGUCGAGUGCUGCCACGGCCGCCUGUGUAACAUGAACAGCACUGUGGAGCUGCCCGUCAAAGCCGACGAGGUGUCCAGCUACAGCGUGACCACGCUGGCUGUUGUCAUCGUGGCGCCCAUCAUUGUUCUCAUCUUCCUCUCCGCCGUCGCCAUCCUGGUGUUCAGGCGCAUCCACCACAACCAAAUGGAGAGACUGACCUCACGAGACGCCGAAUACGGAACCAUCGAUGGCCUCAUAGCGUCCAACGUGGGGGAGAGCACUCUGGCGGAUCUGCUGGAUCACUCCUGCACUUCGGGAAGUGGCUCGGGACUCCCUUUCCUUGUUCAGAGAACUGUUGCUCGACAAAUCACUCUCAAUGAGUGUGUGGGUAAGGGCCGCUACGGCGAAGUGUGGAGGGGUCAGUGGCAGGGAGAGAGCGUCGCGGUUAAGAUCUUCUCCUCCAGAGAUGAGAAGUCCUGGUUCAGGGAGACUGAAAUCUACAACACUGUGCUGCUGAGACACGAGAACAUCUUGGGCUUCAUCGCCUCAGACAUGACUUCGAGGAACUCCAGCACUCAGCUGUGGCUCAUCACUCAUUACCAUGAGAUGGGAUCCUUAUACGAUUACCUCCAGCUCAGCACCCUCGAUGCGUCCGGCUGCCUGCGCAUGGCGCUCUCCAUCGCCAGCGGCCUGGCGCAUUUGCACGUCGAGAUCUUCGGCACUCAGGGCAAGCCAGCCAUUGCCCACCGAGACCUCAAGAGCAAAAACAUAUUGGUUAAAAAGAACGGACAGUGCUGCAUUGCUGACCUAGGUCUGGCGGUCAUGCAUUUUCAAGACACCAACGAGUUGGACGUGGGGAACAACCCUAAAGUCGGCACAAAGCGCUACAUGGCCCCCGAAGUGCUCGAUGACUCCAUCCAGAUGGACUGCUUUGAGUCCUACAAGAGAGUGGACAUCUGGGCCCUGGGCCUGGUCCUGUGGGAGAUCGCCAGGAGGACAGUCAGUAAUGGCAUUGUAGAAGACUACAAGCCGCCUUUUCAUGAUGUGGUCCCAAGUGAUCCCAGUUUUGAGGACAUGAAAAAGGUUGUGUGUGUGGAUCAGCAGAGACCCAACAUCCCCAACAGAUGGUUUUCAGACCCCACUUUAACCUCCAUGGCUAAACUCAUGAAGGAGUGCUGGUACCAGAAUCCAUCAGCCAGAUUAACAGCACUGCGCAUCAAAAAGACUCUCACAAAGAUUGACAACUCUCUGGAUAAAAUAAAAACGGAUAUUUGAGCCUCCCUCGAGAAGAAGAGGCAAGCGUAUUCUAAGGGCCUUUGAAGACAUCCAGAGGAUGGACCAUCCUUGAGAAAUUUCAGAAGACAAAAGACUUGAUGGGUUCGGUGCCCUUAUAGUGGCACAGACCAGUAUUUAUUUUAAAACACUUGGCGGGACACAUUUUGGCAUCCAAAGAUGGCUUACCGGCAUUUCUGAGACUGCCAAUGGUCUUGGAAAUAGGAAAAUAUCUAUUCGAGUUAUAACAUAGGAUCUGGACCAUUGGCGAUGUUCUUCAAGGAAGAAACUGUUACCUGGGCAUUUGAGUAGGAUUGCUUUUGUUAGAAGUGCAGAUUUUGUUUGAGACAUUUUUCUUUUUUUAGUUUGAAAACAGUCUGAACAUAGCAACUUCACUUUAUCUCUUUAAUUGUACUGCAUUGUUCAUUUGCAUUACGGUGGACUCAUUUCUAAAAGAAGGCAACUUGCCAGUUUAAUCCGCAUACCUUCUUAAACAGUGAUCGCGGCAAGGCUUGUUUCGUUUUACUUUGUGUGUCAUGCACCACUGUUUACAAUGCUACCAGAAGAUGUUUCUUGGGAUGUCAUCAGUUCUGUAACAUUAAGUUGUACAGUAACGUCAGUGGCACUGUCUAUUUCCUGAUAUAUCGUCCAACUAAAGGUACCCUGUCGCAAACCUUUUGUAUAUCACCACGACUUUUGCAUCGAGUUAAGUACCUGUUCUGUUUCGUUUCUUCAGCUUUACAGAGACAGCUAAAAGAACAAAUAAAAUAUCUGCUAGAUGAUGCUCAACUCUCUUCCUCCAGAGGCCUGUAAGUAAAGCCUGUAAAGCCUGUAUAUUGUCUUAAGGCGUGCAUUGUUGUCUUAAUGCGUGCAUUGUCCAGUAAAUGAAGUCAAACUUCAGCCUUUUUUUUUUUAAUUUCUUUAACAUUUUAUAUCAAUUAGUGAUUUCUAUUAAUUAAAUAGAAAAGAAAAUGUAA